AUGCAGUCCCAACCGCCAGACCAGCCGUCGACGCAAGACGCCUCCCCCGUUGGCGCUGUUCCCGAAUAUUGUGCCAAUGGAGCCAAACAAGUCCCCGCCUCGGAGCCUGCCUCAGAACCCGCCUCAGAAAAGCAUGUAGACCAUAGCGACAACUCUGACCCAUCUUCCGUGUCUGCAUACUCACCUCGUGACUGGCACUUUUGGGUCCUACUCUCUGCCCUCUGUGCAUCCGGCUUCGUCGUCACAAUGGAUGGCACCAUUGUCGUCACUGCCGUCUCGACCAUUGCGACCGCACUAGGCUCAAGGCAGUACACGUGGAUCGUCAACUCGUACACGCUCGCCUCGACUGUCCUGCAGCCGUUGACUGGCCAAUUGGCUGAGAUCUUCGGUCGCCUUCCCAUUCUUCUGGCGAGUGUGCUGCUGCUCGCCAUUGGAAGUGCAAUGGCUGGCGCUGCGCCCUCAUAUGCCGCCUUGAUAGUUGGCCGCACGAUCCAGGGCAUUGGUGGAGGUGCGGUGCCGCUGGUGGCAGAGAUCAUCAUCAGCGACUUGGUCCCUUUGCAGGAACGUCCCAAGUUUAUCGGUCUCGUCAUGGCUACCUCCUCGCUGGGCCUGAUUCUGGCACCCAUCAUAGGUGGCGCCAUUCUCAGCGGAACCUCCUGGCGCUGGGUCUUCUACAUCAACCUCCCCAUAGUCGGCGCCGGUAUCUUGCUCCUUCUUCCUCAGGCCGCCACUAUCAAACGAUUGACCCGCACCCCAACCGCAGGAUCGUUGAGGGAGAGGUUGUCCCGCAUCGACGUUAUUGGAAAUGUCCUCUUCUCAGCCAGCGCCAUUGCAAUAUUGCUUCCUCUGACCUUUGGCGGUCACAUGUUUGCCUGGUCUUCAUGGCGUGUCAUCUUCCCGCUCGUCCUAGGUGUUGUCGGCUUCGUCAUCUUUGCCCUGCAUGAGCGCUUCACCAUUGGCAAUAGUGUGCCGCUUGUUCCAGCGCGGCUGCUGAGUACCCCAGUGCUAGUAACUGCCGUCCUCCAAAAAUCCCAUUUCGACGCUGGUGUCAACCUACUGCCUACCAUCAUCGCUAUGAUGGUAACGGCCAUUGUCGGCGGCGGCGUCGCAUCUUCGCUCAAGGCAAACGGCGUAAUUAUACUCCAUGCCUUGGCUUUUACCUUUUUAGCUAUUGGCCUCGGCUGUUUCACCAUGCUUAAACAUACCAGCAGCCUAGCUGUGCAUGUGAUUCUCCAGAUAGUCGCUGCCAUUGGAAACGGGCUGCUGUUAUCGACUCUCUUACCCCACUUGCAAGCACAGCUGCCCGAGUCGGACAUGUGGGCCAUCACCACCCUGUUCAACUUUCUCCGCAGCUUUGCUCUGGUCUGGGGUGUCACGGUGCCAUCCAUCAUUUUCGAUCAGGAGAUCAACGCGCACGUUGCCAGUAUGCCAGACCAGUCCCUUCAACAACAGCUUGUCGGCGGUGGCGCUUAUGCCCGGGCUAACCGCGAAUUUAUCCUUGGCCUUUCGGAAACCAUCAGAGUGCCUGUCCUGGCCUUGUACGAGCGUGCGCUGAGGCCAACAUGGUGGGCAGCCACUGCGUUUGCGCUUCUGGGACUUGUAUUGGUUACAUUUGAGAUUGGGUCCCGUCGACGACCCAGUAAGGCCGCAUCCGUGGAAACCGGACAUAACUCGUCUGACCCGCAUCACAAUCCCACGGUGUGA